AUGGCUCUUCCAAAGCAAGUCGAUGUCCUCGUUGUAGGCAGUGGCAACGCCGGUUUUGCAGCAGCCCUCUCAGCAGCUCAGAACGGCGCAGGAAGCGUCCUUCUUAUCGACAAGUGCCCCGAGAACUGGGUCGGCGGAAACUCAUAUUUCACCGCCGGCGCCUAUCGAAUUGUCCAUGGCGGACUUAAAGAUGUCUUGCCAAUCGUCAACAACGUGUCCCGGGAACAAGCCGAAAAGAUCGAUCUUGCUCCUUAUACCGAGAAAGACUUCCAGAAUGACAUGGACAGAGUCUGCAUGGGACGCUCAGACCCUGAACUCUCAAAGAGCCUAAUUCAGAACUCCAAUGCUGCCAUCAAGUGGCUUGCUGCGAAUGGAAUCCGAUUCCAACUCUCCUUUAACAGGCAAGCAUAUGAAGUUGACGGUAGGAUCAAGUUCUGGGGCGGCAUGUGCAUCAAGACCGAGGAUGGAGACUAUCUUGCUGCCAUCAAGAGGCACAAUGUUCAGGUUUCGUGGUCAACUGGCCUCACAGGAUUGAAGAAGCACUCUUCUGACGACGGUUACGACGUCGAAGUGUCUUUCAAUGGCGUCAAGCGUACCUUGACCGCCGGGGCUGUAAUCCUAGCUGCUGGCGGUUUCGAGUCGAAUCCUCAGAUGCGAAGUCAGUUCCUUGGCCCUGGCUGGGACUUGGCCAUGGUUCGAGGCACACCCUACAAUACUGGUGACGUUUUGAGCCUGGCUAUCCAACAACUUGGCGCACAGGCGGUGGGCAACUGGUCAGGCUGCCAUUCCGUUGCCUGGGACGCCAAUGCAAACCCCAACACGGGCGAUCGAGUAGCUUCCAACGAGUACACCAAGUCAGGAUACCCCCUCGGGCUCAUGCUCAACGUCGAUGGCGAGCGAUUUGUUGAUGAAGGUGUUGAUCUUCGAAAUUACACCUAUGCCAAGUUCGGUCGGGCCAUCCUCCAACAACCCGAGCACCUCGCUUUCCAGGUCUGGGACUCCAGAACAAGCGGUUGGCUACGCGGAGAAGAGUAUCGCGAGGAACGAGUCGAGCGCAUCACUGCCGAUACUCUGGAGGAGCUGGCCGACAAGUGCGCAGAACGCGGUCUUCGAAACAAGGCUGCCUUUAUUGACACUGUUCGUGAGUACAACGAAGCAGUCUAUGCUCACCAUCGCGAGAACCCCAAUGUCAAGUGGGAUCCUGCCAUCAGAGAUGGACUAUCAACCCAAUCUUCGACGAAGAAGCUCGCUUUGGCCAAGUCCAACUGGGCUUUGCCUCUGGACAAGGGACCCUAUGUAGCAGUCAAGGUCACAUGUGGCGUCACCUUCACAUUUGGCGGUGUCAAGGUUGACCCCCAAACUGCUCAAUUGAUCCAUGGUGCAACUGGCAGUCCAGUGCCAAACGUGUAUGUUGCAGGAGAGAUGGUUGGAGGUCUGUUUUACUCCAAUUACCCUGGUGGAAGUGGCCUGACUUCAGGUGCUGUUUUUGGGGCCAAGGCUGGAAAGGAGGCUGCGAAAUCUGUUGCUGGCGGCCGAUCAAUCUCAAGUCGCCUGUAG